AUGGUCGACGAGCGGGCUGCGAUAGCUAUUACAGGGACACCCGCCGUCGCCACCGAGGUGCUCGAUCCGAUACCCGUCAAUUCACCCAUUCUCCCACCCGUCACAAUGCCGCCGCAACCCGCCCCAUCUCCUUGGUCCUCGCCCAUCUCGGUCGUGCCACUCAACGGGAACGGCUCUGCAGACUCCGCAGGACUGAACGGAAAUGGUGCCGGAGGUGGCCACGCACGGACAGGGGCCCAGGAGUUGGACGUCCCUCAACCCUCGGAGAGGACCAAGCGCUUCACGCCUGUACGCGCCCUCCACGUCGGGACGCUGUCAGUCCCUAAAGGAGUCAUUGUCACCGACGCUUCUUCUCCCCCCCUUUCUGAAUCGCCGCGACUUGGACCUUCUGAACGAUUUGAGGGCGUAGCUUCGCCCGCCGGUCAGAGUUCGCUUGCUCCACUUUCGCCUAGCCGACUUGGUCCGCCUGCGCCGCGCAUCGCGAGACGAAUGUCAAACAUUGAUCGUCGAGUCCGUUCGGAAGCGCUUCCUCCUCAGAAGCGACACAUGUCGAUCGCCAGCACCCGCCGCCCCUCCAUCCUCACAGGUGGGUAUGAGAGCAGCACGGACGGCGACUCAAAGAGCGAAGCAAAGGAGGGCCUGGAACCAGGCGGCGCAAUGCCUAGUCCGAGGCACUUGCGAGGCUCUGCGCUGCUCAACCAUCACUCGGCUCAUUUGACAGCACCUGCAAGAGGGCGACGUCGCGCACAGUCCCUCCUGGUUUCGCCACGCCCUCACGAAUCCUGGUCACCCUCUACUCCCCCGGCCUCUUCUCGCCGCACUUCCCGUUUCAUCCGGCCCAUCGUCGCCGGUUCACCCCUUCGCUCUCCUGCCGGUGGUCGAACCCCGACAGACUCAAUGUCGCGUGCUCCCAGCGAAGCCAUGUUGUUCUCACAAAUACCUUCACGCAUCUCUCGCAGCUUCAGUGGUGGAGGGCGUUCGCGGGAGCCGAGCGGAGGAGCAGGAGAGAACGACCGGGAAGGAGAGGAUCAGCGGAAAAUGGAACAACAGCAACGGGGCAACUCACUCGUCACAAAGUGGGGACACGGGCCACAACCCCCCAUCGUCCUGUCUGCCGACCAGAUUGAGAACUUGCUAGGUGGUGACGACGACUUCAGCUCUGCAAAGGCUCGCAUGACCAAACACGCUCGUCGACAAUCUUCAUUCACCUCGAUCGAUCCACCACAACUCCCGCUGUCACAGCCACAACCAACAUCCACCCCUCAAACCACUUCCUCAUCCACCUUCCUACAAAACCCUCCUUCCUUUGGCAUCACUCCUCCACCACUCUCCCGUCCCUACCUCGUCACUGCCCCUCCAGCCCUCACUAACGGCGAAUGGGCUGGCCGUGACCGCUCCGUUUCCAUCAGCUCGAGUGUCGGCACUAGCACCGCGGCUGGAACGCCCCUUCGCAUCGUCACUCCCCAUCACACACGCCGACGCGCCCUCUCCACCGUCACGCUCGACAGCGACGGUGGCCAUAUCCCCUUCACCCACCACGUACCAGCUGUCCUUCCAGAAGACGACGACGACGACGACGACAUCGAAGAGCAAGAACUGGUACCCGAGGACACAGGCGAAGUUACUGACACGCGUGUUGACGUAGACCGCACCGCGACAGCGACCCCCAACAACGGUGGCGAGGCGACGCCCAUGCUUGCGUCACUCAGUCCGAUGGUGGAAGACCGGACGCACGACCAGAAAGCGCGUCGGCGGAUCAGCGGGCUAUUUAGCCUACGCGGAAGGAAGCGUGACAUCUCGCCGCCGCCACCUGCCACACUACCACUUUUGCAAGCCACUCAUCCGCCGGUUAAGAAGCGCGCCGAGUCGGACGACCGGACACGUGAUCGCGACGCGGAGAUGCGCCGGGCUGAGCUCGCACGCCGCGAGGAAGAGCAGAUGGAGGAACAAAGGUACAAGGCCUUACUGCUCAUCAACGCGCAUCCCGUUUCACAGCGACGCGCCCAGCGUGCCGCCGUGCACCUCGAUGGGUACUAUGCACUCGUCGAUCACGGACUCGAGAACCCUCCAAAGCUCAACCUCCUGGCCAUCCUGCGCUGGAAACAAAAGAACCAAGCCCAGCAGCAGGCACGUGAGAAGUGGAUGCGCGAAACCGCCGACUCUUCGCAUCUCGCUUCACCUCCGCUAUGGCCCGGUGGACCUUCUGGCCCCGUUUCCCCGGCAUCAGAGGCCAUGCGCUCGCUCUCUCCAAGACAUAUGGGAAGUGCAUAUCCUCUCCCGCCUCACUCCAUUGCUUCCGCCACCUCGAAGCCUGAGCAGCAUACUGGCAGAAACUGGCAGUACACACUCGAUGACAUCCAGGGAUACAACAAAUCUGGGGGACGUGUUGACUUCUUCAUCCCUCCGAGCAUCCCUCCUCCUGAACCCAUUCCGCGCGAGAGAGCCCAGUCGUUCUCCAUCGGGUCCGAAGCCCAGCUCUCCAUGCCUUCGACGGAGUCAGCCACGGGCCACGAGAACGACGCGUCAAUCGUACCCGCACACCUUGUAUCGCCGUCAACCCCUUCUCUCACUCAGCCGGUUGAAUUCGCCGAUGACUUCACCGACUCGGUCGCAGAUGACCUGUCAAGAAGAGCGUCUCUCGAGCCUUCUCCAGGCGGGAUGGCGAGCCGUCGGGGGAUGUCGCGGCACCGCAGCCAUCACAGCACCAGCGGACUGCCCCCACCGCGACCGAUCCAGACGCUCCGCGCGCUCGGCCGGGGGGUGAAGAGCAAUCUCGUUAAUGCCAUGACCGCCGGCCCCGUCAUGACAGACAACGAGGACGAACGUCGCGGCGUAACAGCACCGUCAUGGACUGUGAACAGUUCGGCCAACGGUCAGCACCAACUGACGAAUGCCCACUCUCUGCGAGACAGCCGUGGUCUGUUAGGGCUACGACGCUCUCACGAGCGCUAUGACAACGGUGACUGGGCGGUCACAUCGGACGAAGACGCCCACCCGUUUCGCCGACGGUUCCCCAGACGCGCCCCUCGAGGAUUCGACAAGGCCCCUCGGCGCGUGGUAACGACAGUCGACGACGCGAACCCGUUAUUCGCACGAGCGGAACAGCCUGGCGACAACAAGCAAGCUUUGGCCCGUGAGCGCAGCAUGGCGGUCAAGUCCAAGCGGGCCGAGCUUGAACUCCAGGCCGAGGAGGAAAGGAGAGUUAUCGAGAGCGAGAUCUACGUACAGCACCAGAGGUAUGUACGCAUCGCUGACACGUCUGAUCCAAGAAACCUGCUGGAGGCGCAGCAGCAGUUGGUGGAAGUCGAGAGGGCAGAGGCGAACAUGGACAACGCCAUCACGCACUUCCUUGGCCAGCUCGACGACGUCAGCGGAGUGUUCCGCACGGCGGCGGACGUCGAUGUGCGGUUCGAGGGCCUUGAGGACCUGAGUCGCCCCGAGUGCCGGGCGUCGGACGACGAGACGGCGGACCAACUUAGUCCACUGGCCGUGGAAUCCGACAUGAAUGUCUCGGACCGGAACAGGUGGGUAUCUCCCCGCUCGCCGAUCCGCAGACACCUGCGCCCAGGACCCUCCACCGCUGCGUCUCAAGGUCUCCCGUCCUUUGCCUAUGGAUUGCAGGCCUGGCCGAAGCGAUCUACGCUGGACCCGACUCUGGGCGUGCUGAUCAACCCCUUCCGCCGCGUCGAGCUGUCGUGUCAGAAAGCCGAGACGACGUUGCACGACAUGGAGGAGCAACGUGUUUCAGCCACGCGCCAGAUCCAGGAGAAGGACGCGACGAUCAACGGCUUCAUUGCGCAGAAGGACGCGGUACUCAACUGGGUCAAGGACGCGAAUGCGAAGAUCGAUGAGGCCUAUAGACAGAGACGCAACAAGUCGCAGCUGGUCAGCAGCGGGUUUCUCGAGACAGUCCUGGUCCUCCCGGGUUUCGACAUGGUCACCGACUUUCUCGCGCGUGCGUUCCUCAUCGUGCUUUCAUACUUCAUCCGCCUACAACGUCUGUGGGCGUGGGCUCUUGGGCGAGGUUACCUCGCAUGGGCGAUAGUAGCUGCGAUCAUUUCCAUGCUCGUCGUCUUCUACCUCGUCGGCAGCGCGGGAAAGCUCGCUCUUUGGUACGGUCUCGGUGUGACUCUUGUCGCCACCCAUGACGAUGUGUCAUACAUCCGAAGUUUCUUCACUGCCGCUCAAGACCGUCUUGGCUCCUCAGAAGUGGUCAAGGUCGAGGUCGAGGAAGCCGCACCGCGGACUCCCCGCGCCAUUUAUGGUAUCAACCGUGCACACCGCGCAGUUGGAGGCAUGUAUCGGCCUCGUCUCAAUUGGCACGUUCCAGUCCAGGAUGACGGGACCCGUGUGUGCGUCUUUUGCCAACUAGAGUAUCGGCCCAGGAAGAAGGAAGGCGUUCUCUUGUCCAAGGAUGAAGCGAAGGUCUUCCCGAUUACCUCCACCUCCAACGCCGACAUCCUUGCGCACAUCAUGACGCGCCACCAAGACAUGGUGGGGAUGGUCCAUUUUCGAAAGGGAGCCGCCGACCUCUAA